GUCUGUGCUUCUCGGUGUCCCGGCCAGGGACGGAAGUUGCACCACAAGUACAAUUAGUUUCAGUUUUGUUUCUCUUACACGCUGUCAGCAACAGUGGUGUCCAGGCCGCGGGGGUCCCCCCGGAGCCCCUAGAGUCCAAGGGCAGCUCUGGCUGGGCCAGGGGCCUUCUUGGUCUUUGAUUUCUCACAGGCUCAACACAAGCAGCAUCAUUUCCAGGUUCAGGGUUUCUGAAUAUACCUGGGGAGGAAGAAGAAGAAGAGAAAGAGGGUGGCUCCCUAGGCCCAGAGCAAGCUCCAAGUCCUCAGGAAGCAAGAAGGAAAUUCCUGACCAGAAUGGUUUCCCAGGGCUCCCCCGCCUCGCUGCUGGAGGCCCUGAGCAGUGACUUCUUGGCCUGUAAGAUCUGCCUGGAGCAGCUGCACACGCCCAAGACGCUGCCCUGCCUGCACACCUACUGCCAGGACUGCCUGGCCCAGCUGGCCGAGGGCAGCCACGUCUGCUGCCCCGAGUGCCGAGAGGCCGUGCCUGUGCCACCUGCCGGAGUGGCCGCCUUCAAGACCAACUUCUUUGUCAACGGGCUCCUGGACCUGGUGAAGGCCCGAGCCUGUGGGGACCUGCGUGCAGGGAAGCCGGCCUGUGCCCUGUGUCCCCUGGUGGGGGCCACCAGUGCUGGGGGCCCGGCCACGGCCCGGUGUCUGGACUGUGCCGACGAUCUGUGCCAGGCCUGUGCCGACGGCCAUCGCUGCACCCGCCAGACCCACAGCCACCGUGUGGUGGACCUGCUGGGCUACCGGGCGGGGUGGUAUGACGAAGAAGCCCGGGAGCGCCAGGCAGCCCAGUGUCCCCAGCACCCUGGGGAGGCUCUGCGCUUCCUGUGUCAGCCCUGCUCCCAGCUGCUAUGCCGCGAGUGCCGCCUGGACCCCCACCUGGACCACCCUUGCCUGCCCCUGGCUGAGGCAGUGCGCGCCCGGAGGCCCGGCCUGGAGGAGCUCCUUGCAGGUGUGGACAGCAACCUGGCAGAGCUGGAAGCCACUCGGGUGGUGGAGAAGGAAGCCCUGGCCCAGCUGCGGGAGCAGGCCGCCAGGGUGGGGACGCAGGUGGAGGAGGCGGCUGAAGGGGUCCUCCGGGCCCUGCUGGCCCAGAAGCAGGAAGUGCUGGGACAGCUACGGGCCCACGUGGAAGCUGCUGAGGAGGCUGCACGGGAGAGGCUGGCCAAGCUAGAGGACAGGGAACAGGUGGCCAGGGCAGCGGCUGCCUUUGCCCGGCGGGUGCUCAGCCUGGGGCGCGAGGCCGAGAUUCUCUCGCUGGAGGGGGCGAUCACCCAGAGACUCCAGCAGCUGCAGGGCUGUCCCUGGAUGCCUGGGCCGGCGCCCUGCCUGCUGCCCCAGCUGGAGCUCCACCCCAGGCUCCUAGACAAAGACUGCCAUCUUCUUCGGCUGUCUUUUGAGGAACAGCACAAGGAGAAGGACUGUGGGAAAGAUGGAGCGGCUACCCAGGAAGGGACUGAAACCCAGAUCCAGAGAGAGGUUGGAGCUAAGCCAGAGGGGCAGAGUGGAGUCCAGCCCCAGUGUAGGGAUGGAUCCCCAACCCUAAAAGAAGACAAAGCCCAGUUGUCCCAGGAAGAUGCAGGAGCCCUAUUGGAGUCUGGUGGCAGAGUCAACAAGAAGAAAAAGUUCAAAGGCAGGUGCAAGUCCAUCACCCGCGAGCCCAGACCUGCCCUAGAGCCAAACCUGGAUGGCUCAGGCCUCCUCCCCAGGCCCAUCUUUUACUGCAGCUUCCCCACGCGGAUGCCUGGAGACAAGCGGUCCCCUCGCAUCACUGGGCUCUGUCCCUUCGGCCCCCGGGAGAUCCUGGUAGCAGAUGAGCAGAACAGGGCGCUGAAACGCUUUUCCCUCAAUGGCGACUACAAGGGUGUAGUGCCCGUGCCUGAUGGCUGCUCCCCGUGCAGUGUGGCUGCCCUGCAAAGCGCAGUGGCCUUCUCUGCUGGUGCGAGGCUCUAUCUCAUUAGCCCCAGUGGUGAAGUGCAGUGGCGCCGGGCCUUGAGCCUUGGCCAGGCCAGCCAUGCCGUGACCGCACUGCCCAGUGGGGACCGGGUGGCUGUCAGCGUGGCGGGCCAUGUGGAAGUCUACAACAUGGAAGGCAGCCUGGCCACCCGGUUCAUCCCUGGGGGCAAGGCCAGCCGGGGCCAGCGGGCACUGGUGUUCCUGACCACCAGCCCCCAGGGCAAUUUUGUGGGGUCCGAUUGGCAGCAGACUAGUGUGGUGGUCUGUGAUGGGCUGGGUCAGGUGAUUGGGGAGUACAAAGGACCCGGCCUGCAUGGCUGCCAGCCAGGGUCCCUGUCUGUGGAUAAGAAUGGCUACAUCUUUCUGACCAUCCGAGAGGUCAACAAGGUCGUGAUCCUGGACCCAAAGGGGUCACUUCUUGGCGACUUCCUGACAGCCUUCCACGGCCUGGAAAAGCCCCGGGUGACCACCAUGGUAGACGGCAGGUAUCUGGUUGUGUCUCUCAGUAAUGGGACCAUCCAUGUCUUUCGGGUUCGUUCCCCUGACAGUUAGAGGGAGUAGGACUGGGAAGGAGGGAGGAGGGGGGAUACUGUGGCUGAGGACAUUUCCUGGAGGGCAGAGAUCGCCAGUGUUUCAGUGUGAAAUGCCAAGCUACUAACCCCUUUGCUGAUGUGCAGGGUUGGGGACCGAUAGCAGUGGUGUAACCAUAGCUCUCAGAAGCAGUUGGGCAAAAAGCAUUCUGGAAGCCAGCCGAGCCUCUUGCUUUUUUGUAUGUGACUGUAUGCUGCUGUUGAUGCCACUGUUAUAUAGUUUAGAUUUCUGGGACUUGUAAAUGUGUUCUGAUUUUCAUUCUUCAAAACCAUUCCUAGUGGAGUAGCCGAGAGGGAGUCCUGGAGAGGGGAGUACAUGUUGUCCUCUGAGCCUUGAAGGACCUAGCCAGGCAUAGUGGCACAUGCCUGUAAUACCAGUUCUCUGGGAAGUUGAGGCAGGAGUAUCGAAAGUUCAAACCCAGCCUGGGUCUUGGAGACUUAGCGAGACACUGUCUCAAAAUUAAAAAGGCUAGGGUUGGGCCAGGGAUUUAGCUCAGUGGUUUCGCUGCCUGCUGCGCAAGCGCAAGGACACGAGUUUGAUCCCCGGCACCAAAAAAAAAAAAAAAAAAAGGCUAGGGAUGUAGCACAGGGUGAAGGCCCUGCGUUUAAUCCUUAGCAUCCCACACACACAAAAAAGACCAAAGGUAGGUCAGUUGUAGGCAUUGUUUGAAGGAACCAAGAACUGGCUGCCCUCAGAUUGGCACAGGAGAGCCUGGGGUCACAAGAGCCCUGAGAUCUCAAAAUGGCUGCAGAUGGCAAUGGCAUGUCUGCUCCCCACAGCCAGAAAGUAUUGGCCCUCCAGGGAAAUAGGUUUCAGGUGGGUCCGAGUACAGGUGAGAGCAGAAGUUGUAGGUAUUAGCCUCAGAGGCUGUAAAGAGAAUAGGCUACCAGAAAAGCCAGCCUUGCAGAGUUAGCAUCUGAGAAACUGAGUAUUGGAGAAGGGGAGCUCUCCGUGCUUCGCACCCUGAGCCAAUGUGAGGUGAUAGCUAUGCUGGAUGUAAAAUCUCUACCAUGCAGCACUUCUGUUGGGCUUCCUUUACAUUUUUUGGAGUCUUUUUGUUGUUGGUUUCCCCUUAGUUUUUCAGCAGAGUUCCUUUGAGAAAUGUUAACCUUUGCUUGGCUGAACUAAGGUAGAGAAAUUGGGAAGCUAUGAAACUCUAGAGGCCAGUGUGGGACUGGGUUGCCUCGUCAGCUGGAGGACCUGAGAAGUCAGCAGUGGAGCAGGGAUGGGUGGAGUAAUAAAAACGAAGAUGCAGUUAGAGGUGACUGUGGCCACCAGGGUGGUACUGGUGAUUGAGUAUUCUAUGGGUAUGUUUAGCUAAGGGCUAUCCAGAGAUGACCGCAAGGGAAUGGAUGUAGGGAUCAUGGAACCCUCCUGGAAACCAGAGGGAUCCAGAACAAGUCCAUAUGGAAAAUGCAGGACGCCAGGGGUAGGAAAAAGAAAAUCCUUUUCUGGGAAGCACAUUUCUUAUUUAUCGAAACAAUGGUGCAAAUCUUCAAUGUCCAGGUGGACAACUUCGAUCAUAUAAAAACAAAAAUAUACAUACAGCACAGGAUAUUGAUUAAAAGAAAGCCAGUAAGAUAAGAAAACUACAUAGAAUUGAUAUGAUGAGGGAAAGUUGAGUCUCAAUACUGUAUAUGUACUGACUAAGACAAAGGAUGGACUAGGCUGUGCACCCAGGGGGAAAUAUGACAGGCAAGGGCUAGUAAAAUGGAAAAAAGAAAACCUUGCAUGUGUCAAAAAUGAAUUUUCACAAUAUGUUCUGAAGAAAUAUGUAGACUCCUGACACAAUAAAUAAUGCUUUCUGGAAACUACUGGGGAAAUACUUUACAAAAGUUUGUUUUAAAUUAUAAGACUAUCGCUUCUCAGCCUUUUGGCUAAGAUCAAGUGUAAAUUAUAAGACUAUCUUAUCUCACUUUGGGGAAUACAUUCUGGGAAAAUAAUUCAUUAGGGAAAAUAUUUGUACAGAGACAUUUGUGGCUGCUCUUUGUAGUCCAGUCAUUAACUGGAAACUGUUUUCAAUUGUGGGGUGACAGCUAAGUAGACUGCGGUUAUUAAGGGAAUGAGCUCUACCCUUGUGUAUGACAAGUAUGAAGACUAUUUGGAAGAAGUAGUUAUGUGAUACAGUCAUGAGCACAGAAAAAGAAGAGAUUUUGGAAUUAUCACGUAGUGAUAACAACUAAGGAAAAGUAUGUCUGAAUAGUAACUGGAGAAAAUUGUAAGUAGUAUCCCCGGUACCAAAACAAACAAACAGAAAAACAAAAUUGUAAAUGGUGAUACAGGAGGUUGGGUUCUUUUUGAGUUAUUUUCUGAUAUUAUUCACAUAUGCACAUUGCUACUUCAGUUAGUAUUUAUCCAUGACUUAACAUAUAUGCUUGAAUAUUUACUUCAUCAAAACACACCUCUAUAAAUGAUAUUCAAGAAUAACUACUGGGCCAGGGAUUUAGCUCAGUGGUUCUGGCGCCUGCCACCUAAGUGCAAAGUCCUGAGUUCGAUCCCUGGUACCAAAAAAAAAAAAAAAAGAAUAACUACUGGAGUUGAGUGGAUGUGUAGUCAGAACAACGGGUUCAGAGGAGAGGCAGGAGCUUGGGAGGAGAAUCCCAGAUAGUUAAGGCUCAGCAGAGAGGAAGAGUCACUGGAGCUAGGCCCAUCUGGACCUGAAACUGCCCCAGGAAGGUUGGCAGAGAUCAGGCUGUCCCCAUAGGUGGAGGGAUAAUUGUGGAGUCUCUAGUUUUGGGGGAAUUUUUUUUUUUUGGUACCGGGGAUAGAACUUGGGACCUUUAGCUUGUGAGGCAGGCGGCAGAACCACUGAGUUAAAUCCCUGGCCCCGGGGGGAAGUCUUGUUGAGUUCAGCAGCUAAAUCAGACCAAGUGGGAAUGAAAUGGUGGUUCUACAGAACCAACUAGUAUAGGAUAAGGGGUAUGAAGGCCCAGAUGAUGUCUGUCUUCACUGCAGUUCUGACUGCAGAGUUAGCACCUGAUAGCUCAUCGUGGGUACUCACUAAAUAUCUGUGAAAUGAAUUCAUGUCUAGAAAAGGAUGAGAUAGUGGUCAGUGGUCUGAUUCCAGAGAUUUCCCACCUCAGAAUGCCAUAGCCCUAACUAAACUGUGCAAAAAUGUUGGCUGCUGGGGAACCUCCAGUAGGGGGCACUGUGGACACAGUCUAUCAUGUGUCUCCCAAGGCUACAAUGUGUCAAGAGCAGGGAUGAGAUUGGGGUGUCCUGCUUUUGUUUGGGGCGGGGGGCGAGCUGUGAGAGACAACUCCAGGAGCUUGUGCACUCUUGAAUUGGAAGAGCAGCUCUCCAGAGAUGCAGAGGGGCUUUGGGCAGAGGACCUGGUUAGUAAGCCAGAUAGACAUGUGGCCUGCUCAGGCAAUAAAGCAAGAAUUGAGACCUUCAGAAAUGAAAUGACCUCUAGCUGUGAGAGAGAAUCCCACAAAUGCUUUUAGUGAUGAAGAGGCCAAGUGGCUUCCCAGGGGCAUUGGGAGACAGGGAAAUACUAAAUUUUCCUCCUAAAGGUACAGGUAUAGAAGGGGCCAGAAUGCUAGCAAAAUGUGAAAGAUGGAUGAGAAGUGUAGCUAAGAGCAUAAUUUGGAAGUAAAAUCCUGAACACCCGACCUGGGACCUGGGAAUCCUAGUGAAAGGGUGGAAUCCUAGUGAAAGCACAGAAAGAAACAUUCUUGGGCUGGAGAUUUAGCUCAGUGGUUUUGCCACCUGCUGCAUAAGUGCAAGGACCCGAGUUUGAUCCCCGGUACCAAAAAAAGAAAAAAAACAUUCUUGAUGUACAGCAACCUCCCAUGUUGCAUGUGACAAUUAGCUUGAUCAAUUGUUCUUUUCUUGAUUGUCCAGAUUGUGCAUGGACUAGUUGGGAGAAUGCUAUUUGGGUCGAGAGGAGAGGAAGGAGAAGGCCUUGUUUAUAUUCUUCAUGCUGGAAAGGGGGAAGAGGAUAAAGUAGCAGAGACCUAAGUUGGGUGUUGGCUCUUCCACAAGAGCUGUGCAAUCUUGCUCCAGUUCCUUAACAACUUGGACCUUCAGUUUGCACAUCAGUAGAAUGGGAUUACAAUAUCCACCAUGCCCACCUCACAAGGUUGUGGUAAGGAUGGGAUGAGAAGUGUAGGGAAGUACUUUGCAUAUUGUAAAGCCCGACUCCACAGUAUCGGUUAGGAAAAUUUCACCUGACUUGUGCUGACCUCAAGCUCCACCAUCAGUGUGAGCUUGAAUGGGGAGGCAGUGUGAUAGAUCUUGGCAAAGUUGCUGUCUUCAGACUGUCUUUUCUGGAGGAAGCUGUUUUGUUUUGCUUUCCAGCAGUUACAUGAAGCAAUAUGGGAAGACACAGUGACUACAGAAGCAGAAGGGACCAAUGGCCAGCUUGCUAAGAUUCAUUGCCAUUCCUAAAAGCCAGCUGAGAAUCUGACUGUACUAAUUAAGGACUGAUUACCAUAGACAUUUAGAAAAAGUUAAAAAUGGCAAGAGUGGCCCAAUCUUUUAAUAGUUCAGAGAAGAUAUAAUUUGGGAGGGAAUAGCUCUCUUUCACUGUCAUCUUCCUAUUACUCUAUCUGUAAAAUGAUGUCAUUUUCUAAAACUGCAGAGAUAGAAUUCCAAAAGGGCAGAAGUCCAAGAAAGAAGUGAAAAACUUGCAAAGGAAGUUGAUGGGGUUGGUGCCCUGAACUGGGCAAGAUUUUGCUGGUGGGUGCCAAGAUCAAAGUGUUUGAUUGUCUUUCCUUGGCAGAGAAGCUGAGAUGUUGAGCUGCCCUAUAAAUUUAGUGGGAGAUGGGGCAGGGAUGCAGACAUCUGCAUUGGGGAGAAAGCACUUACUCAUUACCUGGGGCGGAAAGCUGCCAGAGAGUGCCCAAGAAGACGUUUCUAGCUGGAGAAAGACCAAGUUCACAUGCAGGCUUGGAAAAGUAGGUAAUUUGAUCAAGGGUAGGAGAACCAGCUUACCCUACUGGCUCAUGAACAUAGUUUAAUUAAAUGCAUCAAUGCAGGAACAAAAAAUAAGUCUUGGGAGGACCUCAGACUCCUAUGGUUUGAGAGGUGGAGAAGAGAGAGUAAAGUUAGGUAAGAUCCCACCAGAAAUGCUGGGUAAGCAUCUUGGGCACCAGUGGAGUAGGGGCUGUGCAGAAAGAAAUUAGGAAAGUGGGUGUAAGGAGCUGCGGCAAGGCAGCCUGAAUUGUCUCCAGAGAAGGUUGGAGCUGGUUGGCUGAGUGGGCCAAGAGAGACUGGGUUGAAGACAGAAAAUCAAGGCCUUUGUUCCCUUCUUCAAUGCAUAGACCAGCCCAUCUCUGUGAGUUGCUGUAGGAUCAGGCAUCUAUGCUGUGAAUUCUUUCAUUCCUUUGGUGAUGCAUUUUGUAUCUUUCCUCUGUUUCUUUUAAUAAAGUUCUUAUGAAAAAUUUA